AUUCAUUCAGCAUACAUGUAAUCCAGCGGUUUCAAGUAUUCAGCCAUUUUGGUUUGACAGUUCAUAAUAUUUAAACAAACAAGCAUCUUUCAACGACUCAAGCGCUUACUAAUUGUACACAACACAUUUAUUUAUUUAAAAUUGUUUUUCAAUGCGAAAAUAAUGUUCAAUACAAAGGGUAUUUUACGAAGAAAUGCGUCAUUCACAAAUAUCGAACCAUCAAAGAAAGCACCGUACGUUAUUAGUCACAAUCAAUUCAACAAUGGAAGUAAAAGUUUGCCGCUAGAACCAAAAGAUAAGUAUUUUACACCCGAAAUAAACACCGCUGCAAGAUUAGGAAGUCAACUGAUUUCUUUACAAAAUUUGGAUAUAAAUAGUCAAUCGCAUGAUUUAACACCACGUUCCAAGGCAAUUGUAACACAAAAAGCAUUAAAGAAGUUGAACUUCGUAUCUUCAAAAAUUGCUUACGAUCGAUUGCCUCCAUUGAAUGUAAAUGAUACUUUAAUCAAAACACAGCAAGAGAAACAAAGAUCGAAAGUAAAGAAAGAAAAUUCUACAAUUGAUGUCGAACCAAAUCUAGAAGAUUAUUUAAGAUCUUCGGAAAUGUUACAAUAUAAAUUGGAAAUCAUAGAAGAUGAUGACGAUGAAUAUGUGGCACCGAAAAGUUUUAUCGAAGACCAUCAUCGCAAUUUGUACGAAGUGUAUCAAGAAUAUUUCGAUCCAAUGGCUUUACCUAAAUCAUCCAUCAACUUUGUCGUGAAAAAAAAUUGAUAAACGUUCUGCUCUAACUUCGAAAAUUAUAUUGUAAAUUUCAUUGAACAAAUUAUCGUAGAUUAUCGCCAAUAAUUUUAAGUUAUUUACAUUUUGUCCAAUUAUUCAGUAUUUCAACAUUGAUUUCAUAGAUUUUGUAUAUGAUAGCUUUCACCACUCAACUUGAAAACACUCUUAUUCAUUUCUUUUG